AUGAGUGGUAGUUCAUAUCCUCAUGGUGAAUACAAUGCGUUGGCGACCUCGCUGAAAGUGGGUGCCCUGAGUGGCUCCGCCGGCCUCGUCUACGGCGGCAUCUCAGGUGUUAUUCGGUUGAGGAGUAAUAUCCUGAAGCACUACUACGAGGACCAGGCGACUCUCAAGCAGCGCAACUAUGCCAGCACUGUUUCUGGUGGUCUCGCCGGUGGUGCUGUUACCAGGUUAAUGGGUGGCCGGUUCAUCCCGGGAUUGGUCGUUUUCUCGCUAUGCGGUUAUCUCGGACAGGUCUCGUACAAUGCUAUCGAUGAAUGGCAGCUGGAGCAAGCGGGCAAGCCUUCCAAGCCGCUCCUUACACGCAUGGCCGAGUCCAAGUGGAUUCCGCUCAAAUCCCUCUCUGAUGAUGAGUACAGGGGCAUAUUGAGCGAGAAGCUGCUAACCAUUGAGGCGGAGAUUGCUCUUAUCGACGACAAGAUUGAGGAACUUCAAAAGGCCAAGGCGGACGAACUAGUUGGCGGCUCGCCUGGACAGGAGACGCGAUGA